CGAUAAUUUGUGCAUAUGGUCAGAAAGACGGUGACAAUGAGAAUAGCUAUUGUGUUUUUGAUUGUAGUGCUUGCUGUUAUCAGCAGGGCUGAAGAAAAGUACACUUCGAAGUACGAUAAUGUGGAUCUGGACUCCAUCUUCAAGAGCGAGAGACUACUGUCGAAUUACGUUAACUGCUUGAUGGACAGAGGACGGUGCACUCCCGAUGGCAUGGAACUAAAAACUUACCUCCCUGACGCCCUCCAAAACGAUUGUUCAAAGUGCAGCCAAGAUCAAAUAGAGAAAGGCAGGAAAGUUGUCGACUUCAUGAUGAAGAACAAGCCGGACAUGUGGAAGGAGCUGGAAGCCAAGUAUGAUCCGGAAGGGGUUUACAGGAAGAAAUACCAAGACAGAUUAAAAGAAAGUUCUUAAACACUAUUUAUCCCCGUAGUCAAUUAUUAAAUUUAUUUAAUAGUCACAAUGCCAUAAAUAACAAUGUAAAAGACGUGCAAUAAAAAAAUGAAUUUAGGUUCAA